AUGCAAGUCAGAACGGUUAAUGAAAAAACACCUCUCGGGAUGUUUCGAGCACUUCCACGAGAAUUGCUGUUUAGCCUUUUUGAUUGGAUAUGUGCUAACCAAUUACUAUCCCUUAGUUUAACAUCGAGCACCUUUAACGGCGAAGUUCGACGCUAUUUGUUGACGGAGAAUGCGCGUCGAAGAUUUUUGAUUGAAACUAUAGCAUAUAUGGGAGAUGAUGUCAUUGAAAUGGACCCGUUUUAUACAUGGGGUAUGCUGUUAAAGGCGAGCACGAUUGUUAUGGAUCCUCAGAGUCGCCGUUCAUUUUUAAUUUGCUUCUACUGCAAGAAUGAAAACAUCACAAAUUGGUUUGGUUGGGGUCGAUGUUUCAUGGCGUUUUGCGAAAAGUGGGAUUUUCGCGAAUGUGAACGGCUAAUGAGCAUGAUUCUCUAUUCCACUGAAUCGGAUCUACUGUUGUCCAAAAUUUUGUCUGAAGAAGUUGGAAAGUAUCCAUUAUUAGAAAUAAAGGUUCGACAACGUCUUCAAAGUUUGUUUUUGGAACACACAACAAAAGAUGAAAGGGAUUAUGGAUUCUGGAUUUCUGCCAUUUUACGCACCCAAGAAACAACAGAACUUCAAGGAAAAUUGUUUAUGAUUAUGUUCGGACCGAUAAAAAUUACUCUAAGCAGAAUUGAGACUAUCGAUUGGGAAGUGUUAUGUAACGAAACUAUUAAUGUGCAGCACAUAUGUACAAAAUUACUAGGCUCGAUAGCGCGCGGCAUUCAUCACCUGAUGACCACUUCAAAUCUUGGGUGCUAUGCGUGGACUGAUAACCAACUUUCCAUUUUAAUGGAGGAAAUAUCGAUGGUUCCUAACAGAUGGGCACUUCACAAUUUUGCUGCGUUACUUGCUCUCAAUCCACAAAUUAUUCACAUAGCUUUAUUCAAGCGACUAUCAGAAGGACGAAUAGAUGAAGCAGCGCAUAUUUUCCAUGCUGUCAAGACUAUUCUACAUCGAUGGGGUAUUUUCGUUAGCGGAGCCGUAUCUGAUGUAAUGCUCAAAACAUUUCGAUCUAUGUCAGAGAUUAAUCGCCGAUCGUUCUUAUCUUCAGUACUGAAGAUAGAAUCGUACCAGCUUAGCGGAUUACUUCUUAACAUACCGUGGGUAGCAAGAUUGAUGCGAAGGAAAACUUGUGAAAUCUGUCAACGAGCCAAGAAUCGACAUAAAACGAGGAAAAAAACUGGAAUUUUUUGGCACAGCAGUCGUGGUUUAAAUCGUAUAGAUUGGAGAUACAGGACUACUAGAAAAUUAUUCCAGAAAUCAUCGGCAAUGUUGGUAAUGCGUAACAACAGACAUGGAACUAAUGAAGUUGAUAAGCAUGAAGGAUCUAAAAUUACCAACAUUGUAAUGCGUAACAACAAACAUGGAACUAAUGAAAUUGAUAAACAGGAAGAACCUAGAUUUAAUCCUAAUCCUAGAUUGCAAGCCCUCAUAGAAUUAUUUAAAAAAGAGGAUGAGUUAGAAGAAGUGCAUUCUCCAAAUAAGAGUGCAACUAUUCUGUCAGAAUUCGUGAAUGAUGUUGAAGCUGUUGAUGAUUCACUUCAGCCAUCUACUUCGACUUAUGUUAUGAAUCAAAUAUCAGAAGCAAUUCCAGUCGCCCAAUCCAAAUCAGCAGAAAAACCUAGCUUAGCACAUUUCAAGUUUAGUGCUUGUUUCGACUAUUAUUUAUCAACUAGACUUAUGUGA